AUGCUGGACGACCCCCACCAGAGCGUCGCUGUGACCCGUUGCCCCAGUCCCGCGCACGCCGCAGCUUACUGCGCAGCACUGGAAGAGCUAACCCUGGCCAGGGAUGCGGCUGCCCACGACUUUGCACGGGUGCAGCGGGGCGAGGCUUCCCCAUGGGCCCACUACGCCCAGCAUUUCCUUGAGCCGUACCAACACACACCCCGUCUGGAGCCACUGGAGGUCAUCUUUUCGAAACCCGACCCGGCAGAUCUCGUAAGGCAGUUGUAUAGCCCCGCGACGACGACGGCAACGGUGUCUAAUGCGCCAGCUGCGUCGGUCAGCGCCACAGCUGAUUCCGGGCGCCGUCAGCCGCGCAUAGGGCCCCACAUAGACGUAGACGGCGUGACCCACACCGCCGGCAAGCGCAAGACCAGCUCCGCCACGCUAGAUCUAGUUCCAGGAUCCGGUCAAAUGACCGUCAACGGCUUGCCGAUCGCGUCGUACUUUCGUGACCCGGGCUUCCGACAGCACGCGCUGCAGCCGCUGGUGCUGACAGGCUCCGAAGCCAAAUACGACAUUGCCGUGCGCGUCCGCGGUGGCGGCCUUUCGGGCCAGGCGCAGGCUGUCCGCACCGCGGUGGCGCGCGCUCUGUGCGUGCAGCAACCCUCCCUUGCGUCUCAGCUGGAAGAGUACACACGAUGGGACGGCCGUCUGGUGGAGCGAAAGAAACCAGGCCGCGCCAAGGCACGCCGUGGCUUUACCUGGGUCAAGCGUUGA